UUAAAUAUCAGGAGGAAAGUGUGUCACAGAAAUCAUUCUAGUCAAUCUUGGAGAGCGUUUUUGUCAUUUUAAGGGGACAUUUGCAUUUAACACGGGAUAACAGAAUGUCAGUUGACAGUGUAUUUCGCACGCGUUCCCUUGGGGUUGCAGCCGUAGGUCUGCCAGAUCAGUAUGCUGACGGAAAGGCUGCGAAAGUGUGGCAGCUCUACAUCGGCGACACGAGAAAGAGAACCGAAGAAUACAAAACAUGGAUCAUGGGUCUACUGAAAAGGCACAACGUCCAUUCAAUCUUGGACGUUGCCUGUGGCACAGGAGUGGACUCGAUCAUGCUGGUUGAGGAGGGAUUCAAAAUGGUGAGCGUGGACGCCAGUGACAAAAUGCUCAAGUAUGCCCUGAAGGAGAGGUGGGACAGGAGAAAAGAGCCAGCCUUUGACCAGUGGGUUAUCGAGGAGGCGAACUGGCUGACUCUGAAGGAUGAUGUGCAGAAGCCUGGUAGUGGAUUUGACGCUGUCAUCUGCUUAGGAAACUCUUUCGCUCACUUGCCAGACUUCAAAGGGGACCAAAGUGACCAAAAGCUAGCACUUCACAACAUUGCCAGUAUGGUGAAGCCUGGAGGCAUCCUGAUCAUCGACCAUCGUAACUACGACUACAUUCUAAAAACCGGCAACGCACCUCAGGGAAAGAACAUUUACUACCAGAGUGACCUCAAGCAGGACAUUGCCACAUCGGUGCUGUGGGUGAACAACAAGCCUCACAUGAUCACUCUGGACUACACCCUGGAGCUGCUGGAGGAGGGACAUACAGAGGUCCAGACAAGUAAAUUCCGCCUGUCCUACUACCCCCAUCGUGUGGAGAACUUCAAGGAGCUGCUUAAGGAUGCCUUCGCCGGAAAAUGUGAGCAGGAGUGCUACGGAGACUUUAAAGCCUACACACCUGGCCAGGCCCACACGCCGUGCUAUUUUAUUCACGUGCUCAAGAGAACAGCCUAGAGAGCCAGCAAAAAGUGUUAUUUAGUAAUUGGGUCCAGUCUCUCAUCUCUUUUUUUCCCUUUUCUGUGCAAGCAUCUCUUUAUACUAACUGCAGUCUUAAAAAUGGGUUUUUAAGUAAUGUGUUUUUACGACUAAACAGAAGCCUGUUUGUGUUUGUAGAUUUUUGUGCCUUACGUCAUGCAUUUCUCCUCCAUGGUCAGAGACUGUCUACAUACUGCUUACCUUAAAACAAUUAGGUACAGACAUUUCGUAACAUGGAUAUUGGUUGCAAAUAUCCCACCUCUGCUGGUGCUAAAAGGGCUUUAAAGCUUUAUUUUUGAUGCAAAAAAAGAUGAUCCUGACCAUUUGAAUUCGAAAUUGAAAUCACAUGUGUUUUUAUUACAUGCAGUGGGCUAGUCCUCAGAAAGUGCAAAUAUUUGUCUGUCCCCAUUCGCUCUGAUAGGGGCUUGACCUUGUAAGCCCAAAAAUAGCUGCCCGAGGCGUUUCCAAGAUGGCGGAGAAGGGGCAGCUCUCAACUGGAAUGUCUCGGUAGCACAGUUGAAGAAUUCCAUGCUUUGCCUGUUUCUGUUUUCGACAAUCUGCGAUUAUUUUACUUUUCUAAUUUCAUGCUAUCAAUGUGCUCCCCCUCUACAUUAGAGUUGUAGAUUUUCUGAAUCAGUGAUGUUUUCUUCUGUCUUUUAAGAAAACAAAGUUACCCAAAUUGCAUGGUAAUAAAACAUGCACAAAGUUUUGUUCUGUUCACUCCCAGGCUGAAUAUUUUUCCUUUUUUUCAAUCAAGUUUACCAAAUUUUUAUGAAUUCCCGUCUUCAUGUAUUCUGUGUAUGUAUGUAUUACACAUUUUCAGUGAAAUUGUGUUCUCUUCUGCUACUGUACCACGACAGUAGUUGUGUGUAUACCUUUACAGGCCGGUUCAUUUGGAAUAGACCUUUGUAAUUUGUGGAUCCACAGUAAGUACACAUGGUACCAAGAAUUUACAAGUUUGAUAUUGAUUUCAUUGUUGAUAAACGGUUGCAUAUGACAACUGAUUUUCAUAUUAAAGAACGGCAUGAAAAAAACUA